ACUGCCUUUCUUUUAUGCAUUAUCUCCUCACUGCCAAUAACCAAUCAGCUUCACUAACCGUAUCAAUGGACACCGUGGUCUCCUCCUAUUCCUCCUGCACUUCGUUCUACCGGAGGCCAUCACUUCACCGGCAACUUUUAUCUCCGAGAAGGAACAAUUACCUGAAAUGUCCCCGCGUCACUAGGUCGGAGCUCCAGACAUCGGUGGGCGUCACCGAUCGAACUGGCAGUCAGUCUCCUUCGAUUCCGACGCACAAGGUUACAGUUCGCGACAGACAACGCGGUGUUGUUCAUGAGUUCCUCGUGCCCGAGGACCAAUACAUAUUGCACACUGCUGAAUCCCAAAACAUAACCCUUCCAUUCGCUUGCAGGCACGGUUGCUGUACUAGCUGUGCUGUACGAGUAAAAUCUGGACAAAUAAGACAGCCUGAAGCACUGGGAAUAUCUGCUGAACUGAAAUCUAAGGGCUAUGCACUUCUCUGUGUGGGGUUUCCUUCCUCUGAUGUUGAAGUUGAAACACAAGACGAAGACGAGGUGUAUUGGCUUCAGUUUGGAAGAUAUUUUGCUCGAGGACCUGUAGAGAGGGAUGACUAUGCAUUGGAGCUGGCCAUGGGUGAUGAAUAAGCUGUUAUAGUUUCUAAUUGGAAGAUGCAUCAAUUGAGUAAAGCCAGUGUUUUUUCAUUUGAUCCCCUCGGCUUCAAUUUUAACCCACUUAUGUAUGAUGAUUAAUGUUAGUACAUAGUCCUUCCGCCAACUAGGUUAGUGAAUUUGUAACUGUCCUUGAAAUUGCAAUCUGCAUUAGCAUGUAUUGACUCCUUUUAUGCAAUUUGUGCAAUGUAUGAAUUAUGUUGUCUAAAGAUUAUGGCUUCUUAAUCGUAUUUCUUACAUGUUUGACAAGAUAGAACGAAGAUGAUGAGGAUGAGAGCUUGUUAUAGGCAGUUUUCUUAUGGGUUCAAUGUGCUGUCUGCUUAAAAGUAAUUGUGAAUGCGGUAAACUCUCCUUUUCUCAACCAACUGCUGUCAUUUUAGGGCCCUACCGAAGUUGGACAAGUGAAGAUAUGUUUAUGCAGUUCACAUUAUUGAUGCUGUGCAACUUUAACGAGCCUGAAACUACAGUUCUCCUGGGACAACUUUGGGUCCACUGAGCCAAGUUGCUCCUUGGUCCACAUGAUGAUAACAUGCGCUUUGGCCACGGUACAUUAUUCAACUAUUUAUGGGUGACCGUACGAGAAUAUGCUUCUUUGAUGCAUGGGUUGAUAAAUACCCUCGAAAAUG